AGGCGGGGAGAUUAAGCUGCUUUGGGAGUGGCGGUUGGGACCUUUGCGUUCCGACUUCUACCAAAGUAACGACUGCAUCUGCGGCGGGCUCGCGACAUCGACCGCGUCCUUCCGGCUUCAGUGAUGGCUCAUGAAGCAAUGGACUAUGAUGUGCAGGUACAGUCAGAUCAUCAUGCUGCAGAAGAGCCUCCUCCUGCUGACGUGGUCAGCAGCCAAGCAGGACUGCCUCUGCUCCAGCCUGCGCCGCAGGUGUCCAUUGACCUGACAGAGGAAGUGGAGCUCUCGGGAGAAGAGAGUGUGGAGAACAUCGAUCCAGGAACUUCAGAGGAAGAUAGGCGGGGAUCUGGUGCUAACCCCACCGUCCACGUGUCUUCACUAGAGUCAGUGAACACCUUCAUCAGUGGGCUGCAGAGGCUUCAUGGCAUGCUGGAAUUCCUGAGACCUCCAGCUUCAAACCAUAGUGUGGGGCCGGUGAGAGUAAGGAGGAGGAGGGGUUCUGCACCACACAGGGCAAGGCCUGGAGGGUCUCAGAGGACAGACAGUGCCAGAUCAAGAGCAUCUUUGGAUGCUUUCUUUCAAGUGAGCAGGACCCAGCCUCACUUGUCAGCUGACCCUUAUCCAGAAACUAGGAAUCCUGUCUCUGAAGACUUGCAAGUGUCAAGUAGUUCCAAUUCUGACAGUGACAGCUCUGCAGAGGAUGAAGAGGAACCUGGAGCUGUUAUUUUGGAAGUUUCUGGAAAUAACUUGGCAGAACCCCCAGGAGGUACCUCGGCAGAGCAAGAAGUUAUAUGUAUUGAUGGAGGAGAGGUCCUCCCCAAACAGUCUUCCCAAAAAUCCAACCCUCUUCUCUCUUCUGAGCCUGCGGAUGAGGAAGAUGGAGACACUUGCACAAUAUGUUUGGAGCAGUGGACCAAUGCUGGGGACCACCGGCUCUCAGCAUUACGCUGCGGGCACCUCUUUGGGUAUAGAUGUAUUUCUAAGUGGCUCAGAGGACAGGCACGAAAAUGUCCCCAGUGCAACAAGAAAGCCAAGCACAGUGACAUUGUUGUCCUCUAUACUCGAACCCUGAGAGCUUUGGACACUAGUGAACAGGAACGGAUGAAAAGUUCCUUACUGAAGGAACAGAUGAUAAGGAAGCAGGCUGAGUUAGAAUCAGCACAGUGCCGCCUCCAACUUCAGGUUCUCACUGAAGAAUGCACUAAGCUUCAUGGUCGUGUCCAGGAAUUGCAAAAACUUAUUGUACAGCAUCGGGAUCAGAUUUUGCAACACCCCAGGAGCUGCCAAGCACAUUUCCUAGGCUGCCUGUCCUCCAGUCAGGGCCAGCACAAGUAUCAUUUCCAGAAGACCUUCACGGUGUCUCAGAUAGGGAACUGCCGAAUCAUGGCAUACUGUGAUUCCAUGAGCUGUCUGGUGGUGUCACAGCCUUCUCCUCAGGCCUCUUUCCUGCCAGGCUUUGGUGUUAAGAUGUUGAGUACUGCCAACAUGAAGAGUAGUCAGUACAUUCCAAUGCAUGGCAAGCAGAUUCGCGGAUUGGCUUUCAGCAGUCGGUCCAAGGGCUUGCUACUCUCUGCCUCCCUGGACAGCACUCUUAAACUGACUAGCCUGGAGACAAAUACUGUGGUCCAGACCUACAAUGCUGGACGUCCUGUCUGGAGCUGUUGCUGGUGUCUUGAUGAGAACAAUUACAUCUAUGCUGGACUGGUCAAUGGUUCAAUUCUCGUCUAUGACCUGCGAAACACGAGCUGUCACGUCCAGGAGCUUGUGCCUCAGAAAGCCAGAUGCCCACUGGUAUCCCUGUCAUACAUACCUAGAGCUGCUUCGGCUGUAUUUCCUUAUGGUGGGGUGCUGGCUGGAACCUUGGAGAGUGCUUCCUUCUGGGAGCUAAAAAUGGGCUUUUCUCACUGGCCUCACGUCCUGCCUUUGGAGCCAGGAGGCUGCACAGAUUUUCAGACGGAGAGUACCACUCGGCACUGUCUUGUGACCUACAGGCCCGAUAAAAACCACAACACCUUACGAAGCGUGCUGAUGGAGAUGUCCUACAGCCUGAAUGAUAUUGGAGAACCAGUCUGCUCGUGCCAUCCUGUACAGACAUUUUUUGGGGGACCCACUUGCAAGCUACUGACCAAAAGUGCCAUUUUCCAAAGCCCAAAGAAUGAUGGCAGCCUCCUGGUGUGUUCUGGGGAUGAAUCAUCCACUUCUGCCCUGCUGUGGGAUGCCAGCAGUGGCUCCUUGCUGCAGAAACUGCAGACUGAUCAGCCCGUCUUGGACGUCUGCCCAUUUGCGGUGAACCAUCACAACUACUUGGCUACCUUAACAGAGAAGAUGGUCCACGUCUAUAGAUGGGAGUGACCAUGGUCUUGAAGCCCAUCAGACACGCUGCUAGUUAAUGUUAAAAUGUUUUACCAGUACCUAGCAGCCCUACUUAUCACCUGCAACCUAGAACUAUUGGGAUCAUGGUUCAUUUGGAUUAGUAUGAUUCUGGGACUCCAGGUCACUGAGACACUACAAAUUGUGUCUGCUAUGUCCAUCAAGAGAAUGCAUGACUGGUAGUCUGCCCACAUUCUCCUUUUCUUGGGUUGUUGUUGGGUUGGAGUAUCUUUAUAUUUGGUCUGUUUUUCUGCUGGACGUCAGAGUGUGUCCUUCCAGAAGUUAUUUAGCGUAGGAGUACACACCAAGCAUUUUCUGGAGUAUGUAACACUCUAAGUGGUCUUGUCACUUGGGCCAUUUGGCUUGGGGAAAUGUCCCUGAAGGACAAGUGGUCUUCUUGAUUUUACUUGGUGGAUGUACGAGAGACUUUCUUCAGCUGAACACAAGAGGGCACUAUAAAACCUUGAGUAGGGUUUGAUUUGUUUUUGAUCUCAGAGGCUGACCACAUUUUAGCACCUUGGUCUCUCAUCCUCACAGAAAUGUGUGACAGGACAUAUGGUGUGCUUUGUGGCGGUAACAGUUAUGUUCCAGACGUGUUGUGCUGGGAAAUUGGCAAGCCCAGUCGUGGAGGGGGCUGACGAGCAUAGACGCUUUCCUAAUGCUGAGUGCAUUAAGUUCACUUUGUGAGAGCUAAGCAAAGAUAUCAGUUGUUGAGCAUCCGAGAAGAAGCAUUUUUUUUUCUAGACAGCUUAGAAUCUCAGAAUUGGUUUUUUAUAAGCUCAUGCUUUGAAGGCCACUUUUUCCGCUCUCCAGGAAGAUGAGCAUAUGUCAAAACUCUUUAGUCUUCUGCAGGAUCAGAGAUAAGGAAGAAGGGACUAAGAGAGGGCUUCCAACAGAGAAGUUGCUCAGACUGCUGCUGAGAACAGGAGAAGGGUUUUCUCUUCCUUUUUGAGAGAAUUUAUAUCUAAAUAAAGCCCUGGGAGUGAGGAGCUAUUCUUGAGCAUGUUUGUGAUUUCCAGAUAAAGUCUUCCCCAUGUGAAACUGAUGUUUGAUUCCAUGUUCCUCUGAUUUCCUUCAUUUCAUAACUUUUCUAAAUGUUUUGCUAGUAAAAUGGUUGUUCUCAAGAAGAUAAUAGCAGUUGAAGGCCUGUAGAUAGUGGGGAGAUGCCCACCACCUUCCAGUUCAACCCUAGAUUGUCCAAAAUUGGGGGCUGUAUUUUUCUCCCGUUAGAGGGCUCAGUUUAUAUUUGUUUCUUUUUGGUAGCUAAGAUCCUCUGCCUGAGGCUAUGUUGCUAAACCACUGUCCACACAGAACAUGCUUCAAGGUUGCGUAGGUCAGUGCCCUGUUUUUGGGAGCACAAAGGCUAACAGUGUGGUUUUCUUAAAUAAUUGUAAUAGAGAUGUUACCGUUACUUUUCUUGUAAAACAGUUCUGACCUCUCAGCUCCUGAGCUCUUCACAGAAUCUUUCUCACCAGAUAGGGUUGUUGGGGUAGAUUUCCCCAGAGUUCCAAGUUCCAGCUGUGCCUUUUAGGGGACUUUUAUGUUGGACACUUCUCCCUGAAUUAUUCCCCUUUCAUAUUCCAAGACAUUUUCCCAAAACCCAGCUUCUAGGCCUGGGAAAGAACCUCUCAAAGGAGAUAUUCCUUUUUUAAUAUGUUGAUGAUUAAGAGUGGCUGCCCAGGCCUGGGUUCCUAGUGGCAGAACAGGAUCUGAAUUAAAAAAAGCAUAACUCAUCUGCUUUCAGCAGACUAUCACAGAGAGGAUGCAGGUGGUCAGUCCCUGGCUGCCUUUGUCUUUGGGCCGGGUCAGGGUUAGGAUUUGACUUUGCUGCUGGCAGCUCCGUGGGUGUUGGGCCAGAGUAGCUUGCUUUGAAGUACACUCAACUGUGAUUAUUGAUUGCCCCUAAGCGUAGGAAUCAGGGGACUUAGUUGCCAUUGAAGUUGGGUGGAUCUCAAGUCUUGCCAAUCCUUGAAUUUCUACAAUAAAUUUGGAUGUUUUGGAAGCAAAUUCACGUGGUUAUGACUGAUUUCUCCAAGGAAACCCCCCUUUUUACCCCAACAGGAGCUUGCAUCUGUAGACCAAGGCUCUAAUCUCCCCUGCACCACCAGACUGUACCCCACCACAUCCCUCACCCCUGUUUCAAGGUUACUUUCCCAUUUGAGGUUUGGAGUUCAGUGAGCUCAAAAUACCUUCACAUUUUAUAUAUCCUUGCACCCGCUUUGAAAACAGGACAAUGGGAUCUGUGUGUUCUGUGUUUUAAAAUUAAUGUGAAAAUAAAGAAUUUGCCAUGUGUUACAUCUCUUUUGUCUGUCUUUUGUUUGUUUGACCACCAGAGGCAGGAACACGCCUGCCUAUCCUGGUAGAUUUCUCUAUUGCUUGAGUACUAUGUCUGAGCUACACUGCAUGGUCCCUGGAUCUGAAGUGAACAUCUUUAGCUGGCAAUUCUAUUUGACUGUUGGCUAAUGGGAAGCAGCGUAUUUGUCUCUUAAGAACCCCCCAUACUGAUCAUUUGUCUGUUUACUCGUAGAUCUUGGAGUCUGGAUCCUGCAAACUACAUUUCCCAGACUGCUGACUUCCAGUUAGUUUCUUUGAAUGUGCAGUACUGGCAGGAGUCUGGAAAAUGGAAGGAACAGAGACGAGAAGAGUUUUUUAUUUUGUGUAGUCUUUGGCAGCACUUCUGGCAGUGGUGGCAGCAGUGAGCAAGUGUAGGAUCCUGGGUUCCUGCUCAGGCAAGCACAUUUCCAGCUGCUUGCCUCAGUUUCUUUGUUCUGUUUGAGUUCAGGAAUUUCUGUUGUUAUGAGUCAUGGUGUUCUGGGAUUAGGCUGGAAAGGCUGAAAAUAUUGUCCAGCUUAACAGCAAAUUGAGUAUGCCAGAUUCCAAGACGGCUGAAUCUAUAGGUGUAAGCUUGCUACUGUAAUGGAGCCUAGUGCUCCAAGGGAAAUGACAUUGGUCCUGUGGUAGAUUUGGUAUACCCCAAAUUACUAAGAAACCCAACACUAUUGUUUUUAUCUCCCUCAGUGUUCUUCCUUUUGUUUCCCGUCUCAGUGUUUGGCUGUAAGUGAAAUUCUGAAAAUAGAUGUUUCUGGGUCCUUGUUUUUUAAUUAUUCAACUUCUGUUUGUUACUAACAGUCUCUGCUGUUUAUUUAUCCCUUGGUAGUUUACAAAACCCCUUCCUAUGUAUUAAUCCUUAUACAAAGUUGUGGAGUAGGUAUUGUUAUUCCAUUUUUACAGGAGAAGAAACAGGUUAAAAAUCCUAAUGAAAAAUGACAUUUAGAUGGUAUUUAACAUUUUCAUAUCCUGGUCUUUCCAUUCUUUACUUUC